AUGCUUUUCCCAGAUCAAGUUGAAGCACCGCCGACGACAUCAGAGAUUGUCGCAGCUGAAGAUUCCCAGCCGUUGCCUGUUGCCCAGAAUCCUCUGGAAUUCUCCAACAGUCUGGUGGACAACAUUGACUUUGAUCAAAUCGGUUAUGGUAGAGACAGUGACUUCAACAUCUCCUACUGCCCUGCCCCCUUCCAGCCCAUGAACCUAGGCACCCUUACCAGCACGAAGCUACGUCAGCCCAUCCACCAGGCGGCCCAAUCCGGGAACCUUGCUAUGGUGAGUCUUCUUCUCGAGCGGGCUCCGGCCUGCGCGGGACUGGCCGGCACGGAUGGGGCUACGGCACUCGGGCUGGCCGCCCAGGCUGGCCACCUAGAAGUGGUCCGACUGCUGCUCGGGUACAGCGGCGUGAACGUGGACGUGCCGGUGAUCGAGACUCUGCGCACGCCCAUCCACCAGGCCGCGCAGGAAGGCCACAUUGAUAUCGUGCGGCUUCUGCUGUCGGGCGGCGCGGCGGCGGACCCGCAUGACAACAACAACGUGACGCCGCUGUGGAGUGCAGCGCAACAGGGCUUCCAUGAGAUCGUGCAGAUCCUGAUCCACGCGCAGGCCAACACCGAGGCCGCAUCGGCAAACGGCAACCGGCGGCCAAUCCACCAGGCGGCGCAAAACGGGCACCUGGAGGUGAUCAAAAUGCUGCUGGCGGCCGGUGCCGCCGUCGAGCCAAGCGUCGGCAGCUACGACGACGAGACGCCUUCGCCGCUCUGGCUGGCGGCGCAGCAGGGCCACUACGAGAUCGCCAAGCUGCUGAUCCGCAGCAACGCCAACGUGGACUUCUGCAUUCACCCGGCCCGCCGCUUCCCCAUCCAUCAGGCGGCCCAAAACGGCUGCGUCGACAUAGUGGCUCUCCUCAUCCAGCACGGUGCCGAAGUCAACGCGCGCGAGGAGGACGGCUGGCCACCCCUUAUGAUAGCGGCGCAGAACAAUUUUACCAAGAUCAUUGCCCUGCUGCUGAAGAACGGUGCAGACGUCAACGCCGAGGAGAAGGACGGCGCGACCGCGUUGUGGAUUGCCUCCCAGCAAGGGCACUCGGAGGUGGUCAAGAUGCUCCUGGAACGCGGCGCAAAAUCGUUCCUGACCAGGUCUGGCCGGAGGCUGCCGGUUCACCAGGCGGCACAAAAUGGACACCUGGAGGUGAUUAAGAUGCUGCUGGCGGAAAACCCCAAUGACGUGUACGCCGAAGAGCAGGAGGGCGUCACACCGCUGUUCCUAGCUUCGCAGGGAGACAAACCUGGCCACAUCGACGUUGCUCGCUACCUUUUGGACCAAGGGGCCAGUGUCGUUAUCUAA